AUGCACCGCGACAGGCAGCCUUUGAAAAAGCGGCGCGGCUCCUUCAAGAUGGCGGAGUUGGAUCAGCUGCCUGACGAGAGUUCAUCAGCAAAAGCCUUGGUUAGUUUGAAAGAGGGAAGUUUAUCCAAUACAUGGAAUGAAAAAAUCAGUUCUUUACAGAAAACACCUAUCUGGAAGGGCAAGAAUGCAGGAGCUACUGUAGAAAUGCCCUUCAGAAGUUCAAAACGAAGUCGUUCCUUUUGUGAAGAAGAAGAAAGACAAAUAAGUACAAGAUCACCCAAAAGAAACCAGAGAGUUACAAUGGUUCCACAGAAGUUUACAGUAACAAUGCCAACACCAGAUAAAAAAGCAUCGCAGAAAAUUGGUUUGAGGCUACGUAAUUUACUUAAACUUCCUAAAGCGCACAAGUGGUGUAUAUAUGAGUGGUUCUACUCAAAUAUAGAUAAGCCUCUGUUUGAAGGUGAUAAUGACUUCUGUGUUUGCCUGAAAGAAUCUUUUCCUAACCUGAAAACAAGAAAAUUAACACGAGUGGAAUGGGGGAAAAUCAGACGAUUAAUGGGGAAGCCACGACGAUGUUCUUCUGCAUUCUUUGAAGAGGAAAGGUCUGCAUUAAAACAGAAACGGCAAAAAAUUAGACUUCUGCAACAGCGUAAAGUGGCAGAUAUAUCCCAAUUUAAAGAUCUUCCAGAGGAAAUUCCAUUGCCACUAGUUAUAGGAACAAAAGUCACAGCACGGUUACGUGGUGCCCACGAUGGACUCUUCACUGGACAGAUAGAUGCGGUUGACACUCUUAAUGCUACGUACAGAGUAACUUUUGAGAGGACAGGGCUUGGAACACAUACAAUCCCAGAUUAUGAAGUCCUUAGUAAUGAACCUCAUGAAACGAUGCCAAUUGCUGCCUUUGGACAAAAACAACGACCUUCUAGAUUCUUUAUGACUCCUCCUCGGUUACAUUAUACACCUUCCCUCCAGUCACCAAUUAUAGAUAGUGAUCCUUUACUAGGACAGUCUUCUUGGAAAAACAAAAUUUCAGGCUCUGAUAGUGAGACAUUAGGUGGUUUUCCUGUAGAAUUCCUUAUCCAAGUGACCAGAUUAUCAAAAAUUCUUAUGAUCAAGAAGGAACACAUCAAGCAAUUAAGGGAGAUGAACACAGAAGCAGAAAAAUUGAAAUCCUAUUCUAUGCCUAUUGGCAUUGAAUUCCAGAGAAGAUACGCAACUAUUGUUUUAGAUCUUGAACAGCUGAAUAAGGAUCUAAACAAAGUUUUGCAUAAAGUUCAACAGUAUUGUUAUGAGCUUGCCCCAGAUCAAGGUCUACAGCCUGCAGACCAUCCCACAGAUCUGAGAAGGAGAUGUGAGGAAGAAGCUCAGGAGAUUGUUAGACAGUCAAAUACAUCAACAACAGGACAGCCUUGCGUUCAAAAUGAAAACCUGACAGAUUUAAUUGCUAGACUUACAGCAAUAUUACUGCAGAUUAAGUGCCUAGCAGAAGGAGGUGAUCUAAAUUCCUUUGAAUUUAAGUCACUAACAGAUUCAUUAAACGACAUCAAGAAUUCUAUAGACCCCACCAACAUCAGUUGUUUUCAGAAUAAUGUUGAGAUACAUGUUGCACACAUCCAGAGCGGCCUCAGCCAGAUGGGAAAUUUACAUGCCUUUGCUGCAAAUAACACCAACAGAGACUGAGAGAAAUGUUUACCUUAGUCCAAGUGUACAGAAUGUAGUUGUGGAAACGCCUUCUUAUAUAAGCUUCACCAAAUAUCCUAACUGCUGGAAGACAAAAGAAAAGAGAAGGGUAUUUUGAGAACCAUUGAACUGCUUCUGAAGAAACCAGCAUAAAAUUACCAGCAUUGCUAUAGACUUCAUCACUUGCUAUGCACAUAUGGUAUCUUCUUUAACAGCUAAACUUCAGUUAUAAAAGUACACAUGUUGUUUUAAACAGAAAGUUAUAAAGACGUUUUUCAUAUAAUGUAAAGUAUGAAUACUUUAUUUUAAAUUUAGUUGCAGCAAAUUCUGUCAACUAUUAACAGAUGUUUUGAAAACAGUGAAAAGGAAAUGACACAGACAAGGAGUUAUAUUAUCAAUCUCUUGUUCUUGAAAGCCACAGUACCCUAAUACUAGUGUCUUACUGCCUUUUGAUUUUAGUCUCUGAACAGUGUGGUGAUUGAUAAAGCAGUGUGUCUAUUCCUGUUCUUGGGAAGUAGCAGCAGAAUGGGAUAUGCAAAGGAAUGGUAGUGGGUAGAUAGUUAUUGUACACUUGUGGAUACUGGGAGUCCCUGUAAAUCAGUUAAUAUCUUUGGAAUGUUUAAUUUAUCGUAACUUAUAAAAAAAGUAAUCUAAUGAAGGAGUAGAAAAAGGAGUGCUAAAUUCCCAGAAAUUGAUAUGACUUGCUUUUUUCCCUCCAUAAUGGGCAAAAAGUUUUCUAGUUAAGAUAUUUCACACAAAUAACUGGCAACAUUUUCCAUUGAUUUGUUUGCACAACCUUUAAGUACCUGGUUAUCAAGCAAUUAACAGAGUUUUACAAUGCAGUUGGAUAGCCAGUCCUCUAAACUGCCUAAAAAAAUAAAAAGCAAAGAACUGAGGAGUAUACAAAAAUGUCAAUCUUGUAAAAAGGGUGUAUUAAGUUGUUCAUUUAGUAUAGUCUUGUAAAGCUUCAGUGUAAUAAAUUGUUUCCAGAUUUGAAUUUUCAGAUAGCUGUAGCAAUGUUUUGAUUCUUUGCCUCAUCAAAUGAGGUCUUUUGUAUGUUAAUGUAUAAAGAAAAUGUAAACAAUUAUUUUCAACUUAAAAUUUUGUAUAGUUUUAAAAAUG